AUGGUCUCAUGGAAUGGGGCAUCAUGGGAACUUGUUUUCAAUCUUUCAAAAUCAAUAAAAUCUAUUACAGGCAUGGUAUUAGGUAUUAAUGGUGAUAUUUAUUUCAUUACCGGUAAUGAUCCAAUUAAGUCACCUGAAUAUCUCGUAUGUGUAGCGACAAAUGGGUUAAUAUUAAUACGUUGGAAAUUAUAUCUUGAACGAGACGACGGAAUGACAACUACUGGUGUUACAAAUAUUGCUUCGAAUAUGAAUGGAACAUUAUUUUAUGGAGUAUCAUGGUUUAAGGAUACGAAUUAUUUAAAUAAAAUUUGUCGUUUAUCAAAUCCGGAAACAAAUAAUCCAAUUGAAAAAUGUGCUUCUAAUACAUAUUUUUCUCAAACAUUUCAAGAAUCAUUUGCUCUGAUUAAUACAACCAGUUUACAAAUUGAAUAUCAGAGUCCAUUCGAUAUUGGAUCUUCAAGCAGUUCUCAUUACAAUACUAACCAAACUGAAAUUUAUUGGAUUGGACUUGACGAUCAUUUACGAAAAGUAAAUAUUCAUGGUGAAGCAUUAAUAACUGUUGAGGUUAAUGGAGCUGGAAAUCAAAAUGAUGCUUUUAAUAAGCAACAAAAUAUAAUUGUCGGAGUUGGGCAAAAUUUCACAGCACCUUCGGCUCCGUUUGUUGUUUCUGCGUGGAAUGUUGAUUCAAAUGUUAGUUUUACUUUACUUUGGCAAUUGAGUCAACCAGUUGAAAUUGCAACUUCAUCAACACAUCCAGUUGUUGAUGAUAGAACGAAUAUAACAUAUGUUAGUAUUCUCCCAUAUAUUUCUGCAAUUGAUUCUCGUGGAAAUACUUUAUGGAAAACUGAAAUAACUUCUCGAGAUGAAAUAUAUGCAUACAGUCUUGUUGCAUCUUGCCUUACAUUGAAUACUUGUGUUCUUAUUUCAACGUUUGAUACUUCUAAUCAACAAACUCCAAAAGUUCUCUUUAUUGUUCCAGUAAAAACAACUACUGGCGUUGUUUUACCGCGAAUUAAUAUUGGAGUUCAUCCAGAUGUAUUGACUUAUGAUCAAUGUCCAAUGCUUGUAGAAAAUCAAAUGCUUUAUCUUCCUUGGUACUAUUUAAGCGACACCGAUAGCUUGCCAUUAUACAUUAUUGGGAUUCCACAAAUUACUUCUUUAUAA